AUGCUGCUUUUGCUGCUUCUAUUGCUAGCAGUUCCCAUCCCAGGUGGUGACAAUGAGCACGCUCUCCAGGGGCCGAGCUCUUUCCAUGUCAUCCAGAUAUCAUCAUUUGCCAAUAGCACCUGGGCGCAAAAUCAAGGUUCAGGCUGGCUGGAUGACUUGCAGAUUCAUCGCUGGGAUAGUGACUCAGAAACCGCCAUUUUCUUGAAGCCUUGGUCCAAGGGUAACUUCAGUAAUGAGGAGGUGACUGAACUUGUGGAGCUAUUUCGAGUCUAUUUAAUUGGAUUCAUUCGGGUGGUACAGGAUCAUGUCAGUGAAUUCCAGUUGACAUAUCCUUUUGAGAUCCAGGGCAUAGCAGGCUGUGAACUGCAUUCUGGGGAGACCACAGUAAGCUUCUUAAAGGGAGCUUUAGGAGGAUUAGAUUUUCUGAGCCUUGAGAAUAAUUCAUGUGUACCUGCUACAGAGGGUGGCAUCAGAGCACAGCGGUUCUGCACAAUUUUCAUUCAGUACCAAGGUAUCGCUGAUAUCAUAGAGAAGCUCCUCUUGAAAACCUGUCCUCGAUAUCUCAUGGGUGUCCUCGAUGCAGGGAAGGUGGAACUACAGAGACAAGUGAAGCCUGAAGCCUGGAUUUCCAGUGGUCCCACUCCUGGUCCUGGUCGUCUGUUGCUGGUGUGCCAUGUCUCAGGAUUUUACCCCAAACCUGCAUGGGUAAUGUGGAUGAGGGGAGAGCAGGAGCAGCCAGGAAUGCACCAAAGUGACAUCCUUCCCAAUGCUGAUGGGACAUGGUACCUCCGAGUAACUCUGGAUGUUGUGGCUGGGGAGGCGGCUAACCUGAAUUGCCGGGUAAAGCACAGCAGUCUAGGAGGCCAGGACAUCAUCCUCUACUGGGGGUAUCCUACCUCUACCAGUGUGAUAUUGUUGGCAGUGAUAUUGCCCACCAUGAUUCUUUUGAUAUGUCUUGCAUUAUGGUUUUUGAGGCGCUGGUCAUAUCAGAAUAUCCCAUGA